AGUUAGUUUCAGCUAGGUAAAUUUCUGAAAACUGAAUAUUUAUCCUAAUAAAAAUUCGCUUCUGCUUUAUUUGUUUUCCUCCUAUGCUCUUAUCAUUCACUUCGCUAUUUAAUGCUGAUGUUUGUUAUUGCUAAACUUGCCCCAGUGCACCAAAAAUCUGUCAUUGCAACAUUGACAAGACUUUUCAAUGAGACAUCAGAAGCACUGGGAGGUUCACGUGCAAAUCCAGCAAAGAAGCGUGAAAUAGAAGACAAUUCAAGGAAAUUGGGUGCCUUGUUUGCAAAACUCAACAGUGGGGACAUAUCGAAAAAUGCUUCCGAUAAGCUUGUUCAGCUCUGCCAGGCUUUGGAUGGUGGCGAUUUCAGUACUACUCUUCAAAUCCAGGUACUACUUCCGACUAGUGAGUGGGAUGAGUGCAACUUCUGGCUAGCUACACUAAAGCGAAUGAUCAAGACAAGGCAGAAUGUCAGAAUAAAUUAACAAAGGCACGGGGAAUCGUUCUAAGAUCUGUUUCCUGGAUUGGAAUUUUUUCACCUGUGUGGGUAUCUUCUCGGAGAAAUAAUCUUUUCUUCAAUGUACACAAGACUGGCUUCUAUAGAUUGCAGCUGCAGGAAUUUAGUUCUUCACAAUAUAUCGACUGGCUUUCAGUUAAAAGCUAUUUUUGGAAGCUGUUAGUGGAGAUAGUUUUCAUUACAUAAUGGACUGUGGAUGGUUGUUUUUUUUAUUAAUACUAGUAGUGUUGAGAAA